CUCUGUGGGAGUUGCAAACUAUGCACACACUGAAACACACAAUGCUCACCGACAUGUGGGGCCCUUGGUAGGCCGUGUCAUGUCCAUCCGCUGACAUGUGGGACCCGUUGCCAGUUCACCCCCCAACAUAACGGGGUAGGCUCCCUUCUCUCCCACCUCUCAGUGAUCACCAGUACUACUGCCAUUCCCCAUUCUCCAAUCCACCUCAACCGCCCAGCUUCCAUGGCUCGGAGCAACCCGGGGCUUCUCCUAGGGCUGCUUCUGCUGCGGCUCAAUUGGUGCUUGGGCGUGGAUGGCGGAGGCGCGGAGGAAGGGGGCGGCGUGUUUCCGGUGGUGGUGAGCACCUGGCCGUUCCGGGAGGCGGUCAGGGCGGCGUGGGACGUGGUGAAAACCGGUGGCGCAGGGGGGUCGGCUGUGGAUGCCGUCGUCGCCGGCUGCUCCGCCUGCGAGGAGCUCCGCUGCGAUGGCACAGUUGGUCCAGGUGGAAGUCCAGAUGAGGAUGGUGAAACUACCUUAGAUGCUCUUAUCAUGAAUGGGAAAACAAUGGAAAUUGGAGCUGUGGCUGCCAUGAGAUAUGUGAAGGAUGCAAUUAUGGCAGCAAAGUUGGUCAUGGAGCACACCGGGCAUACUCUUCUUGUUGGAGAGAAGGCGACAUCCUUUGCGAUUUCAAUGGGUCUUGCAGGACCAACUAACCUGAGUUCACCAGAGUCAAUUGAGAAAUGGUCAAAUUGGAGACAGAAUAAUUGCCAACCUAACUUUUGGAAAAAUGUUGCUCCUGCUGGCAACUGUGGUCCAUACCAUCCUAUAAAUAUACCUAAGGACCCUGUUAAAAGUGCUGUAUGGGAGAAUCAAGGAAUCACUUGUCAGGAAUGGCUCGAAAAUGAUAAUUUACUAGAACCGACAAACUCCCAUUUCAACUCUGUUAAUCGCCACAACCAUGACACAAUCUCUAUGGCCGUCAUUGACAAGAUGGGUCAUGUAGCAGUUGGCACAUCAACUAAUGGUGCUACGUUCAAAAUUCCAGGAAGGGUAGGUGAUGGACCAAUACCAGGAUCUUCUGCAUAUGGUGAUGAUGAAGUUGGGGCUUGUGGAGCUACUGGUGACGGUGAUAUUAUGAUGCGCUUCCUUCCAUGUUAUCAAGUAGUAGAGAGCAUGCGACUUGGAAUGGAGCCUCGAGAUGCUGCUGUGGAUGCUAUAUCAAGAAUUGCUCGUAAGUACCCAGAUUUUGUUGGUGCUGUAUUUGCGCUUAACAAGAAAGGAGUGCACGCCGGGGCGUGCCAUGGUUGGACCUUUCAGUAUUCUGUCAGGAAUUCCAGCAUGCUGGAUGUGGAGGUCAUCACAGUAACACCUUAACAUAGGCAGAUCCUUAUUAAAACAAAAGGCUGAUUCGCCAAUAAGGUGUAUUCCUUUAUGCCAAGUUUUCUCCAUUCACUCCCAUGGUAAUGCAACAAUAUUAUGUUGGGCUUGUUCCCUGAGUCAUCUAUUGGACUGCAAUUUUCUAUUGAAACUGCCAUGUUAUAUAGGUAGUAGAUUCAUUGAAUGCAUUGUAGACUUCUUGAGAAAAGGCUGGAAUUGCACAUAGUCAACUUUUGUCUUGCAACUACGAGUUUAAUGUA